AUGGCUUCAAGACCAGCUGCCCGUGCCCUCCGCCAAACUGCCAGGCAAUUGGUAGCUACCCCCGCCCAGAAGCGCACUUUUGUGUCUGCUCUGCGUGCGGGUGCUUCCAAGGCUGCUCCCAGGGCUGCUGUUACUGCUCAGUUCCAGCAGACACGUGGUGUCAAGACGAUUGACUUUGCCGGCACCAAGGAGACUGUCUACGAGCGUGCUGACUGGCCCAAGGAGAAGCUUCUUGAAUACUUCAAGAACGACACUCUUGCUCUCAUCGGUUACGGCUCCCAGGGUCACGGCCAGGGUCUCAACCUCCGUGACAAUGGCCUCAAUGUCAUUGUCGGUGUCCGGAAGGGCGGCCAGUCAUGGAAGGAGGCCAUGGAAGACGGAUGGGUUCCCGGAAAGAACCUCUUCGAGAUCGACGAGGCCAUUGGCAAGUCCACUAUCGUCAUGAACCUUCUUUCUGACGCUGCCCAAUCCGAGACCUGGCCCCACAUCAAGCCCCAGAUCACCAAGGGCAAGACUCUAUACUUCUCUCACGGUUUCUCUCCCGUCUUCAAGGACCUCACCAAGGUCGAAGUCCCCAAGGACGUCGACGUCAUCCUCGUUGCCCCCAAGGGCUCUGGCCGCACCGUCCGCUCCCUCUUCCGUGAGGGCCGCGGUAUCAACUCUUCCAUCGCCGUUUUCCAAGACGUCACUGGCAAGGCCAAGGAGAAGGCCACCGCCCUCGGUGUUGCCGUCGGUUCUGGAUACAUGUACGAGACCACCUUUGAGAAGGAGGUCUACUCCGACCUCUACGGUGAGCGUGGCUGCCUUAUGGGUGGUAUCCACGGCAUGUUCCUUGCUCAAUACGAAGUUCUCCGUGAGCGCGGCCACAGCCCCUCUGAGGCCUUCAACGAGACCGUCGAGGAGGCUACACAAUCUUUGUACCCCUUGAUCGGCGCCCACGGCAUGGACUACAUGUACGCCGCCUGCUCUACCACCGCUCGUCGUGGUGCUAUCGACUGGAGCAAGCGCUUCAAGGAUGCCCUCAAGCCCGUCUUUGACGACCUGUACACCUCUGUCGAGAACGGCAGCGAGACGAAGCGCUCGCUCGAGUACAACAGCCAGCCCGACUACCGUGAGAAGUACAACGAGGAGCUCAAGGAGAUUGACAACCUCGAGAUCUGGCGCGCUGGCAAGGCUGUCCGCUCCCUUCGCCCAGAGAACACCAAGUAA